AUGGAGCCGGUCCUGAGCGAUCUUCUGAUGGCAUCCAACUGCGAAGCGGAGACCCUCUUCGAGACGUCUUUGGAGGAGAUCAAGUCCAAACCUCAGGACCAGAGGGGCGAGAUCGCCAGCCGCCUCGUGGCCAUGGAGCGUGCGCGCCUCCGGAGGCCCGGCAGGCAGACGGGCCAGGAGCUGCCCAACGAGGUGGUCAAGGCAUGCAAGCAGGUGCUCGGCGAGCUUGGCUCCUUCAUCACGGAGGGCCUGCCCUCCGAGUCCGUCUCGUCCAGCGGCGGCUCUGACAGGGACGAGGCUCCGCGCCUGCGCGGACAGAACACGAACAACCCUGGACUGCCAGCAUGUCCCAGCGACCUGCCUGUCAACAGUGUGGUGGAGGUCGUCCUCUCUCCUUGGGCCAUCGCUGACGAUCAGGAGAAAGAGCAGCAGUAUGGAAUACGGGCUUCGCCCAAGAAAAGCCUCCACAGUAUGACCAUGGACCUGCAGCACUGGCGCAUCGACUCUUGGAGCUCCACCCCCGCAAACUCUGUCCGUGAACUUGGGUCCACUCUCACGGUAAGCGGCUUUCUCAACACCAUAUUCGUGUUUACCCGUUUGUUUGUUGCAGCGCUGAAGGGCAAUAUUCGCAUUCCUCCAGACCCCCACAGCCUCAACAUCGACAUGUCUGAUCAAAGUAAGCCAGGGCCCUCUGACCAGCUCAAGGAUGUGUUUAUCUUCAUCCAUAGUGUCGAGAAUCGACCUUCACUGAAGCGCAUUGCUAGCGACAGCAGCUGGGAGGUCGACUCCAUGCAUGGGCGGUGCGCCCCGUGCUCGGCCGCUUGGUGGAAGCAUUAUCAGGGCACCCGGAGCUGUGUCGUGGCACAGCCGCAGCUGCAGAGCGUCUCCUCGAGGCCAGGGGUGUCCAUGCAUAAUCCUGGGUACCUGGAUGGCCCUGCCCAGGCACGGCGGCGGCGCAUAGAUGCCACCGAGGAGGAGUUCGAUUACCCCGCCCGGGCGCCUGGCGCCGCCAACCCGAAGAAGCGCAUCAAGCGUUUGGAAAACCAGCUGGCCCAUGCCCGGAAAAAGGCGCGCGUGGCCAAACAGGCGCUGCAGUGCGCUGUCCGCGCGAAGUCAUGCGGCAGGAUCACCAACUUAUGGCGCAUCAAAGUCGCCCUGGUCGGCCCGCAGACAAGCUUGCAAACGUUGUCGCAUUGGUGCAGGGACUUCCCGCCGACCGAGGCGCAGGAGUUCGGUUAUCCCCAAAACCAGUGGGCGCUUGUUCGCGCCCCGCCUUCGGCAGCCCAGAGCCUGGAGCCGACGAGGAUUGUCGUGGACUGA